CUUUAUCAAUCUAUGUAGUUCUUCAGAUUGUUCUUGUACUUAACACACUCGAUGAUCGUUGGCCACUUGGUGAUAUUUUGUUCGGUAUCGCAUUUUAUGUUAUUGGACAAGCUAUUCUUUAUAUCUUCUCCGUUCGCAUCUGUGAUACGGCAAAACAUUACAUUGAUGGUCUCUUCUUUGGAACAAUUUGUACACUUUUGGCUGUGAUGAUGGUUUAUAAAUAUUGGGAUUCCAUUACCAAAGAAGAUCUCGAAUUCUCUGUUGGUAGCAAACAAAAUGUAUGGGAAGUUAGAGAAUUAUUAGGAGAAGAAGAAUACUCAAAUCAAGGUGGUUAUG